AUGGCAACUUCUGCUGUCCGAGAAGAUGAAGAGGCAUUUCAUAUGUUUGAAUGCGUGUUUGAUUGUAUACAUGAUUCCUUCACAUCACCUCCAAUAACCCAGCACCGUUCUUCCUCAGCAAGUGCACCGUGUCUUCUCUGCGUUGACCUUGGAACAUCAUUUCUCAUGGCAGAACUUCAGCUCCUUUGUUUGUUUAAGUCAUUAUUCCAUUUGUCUUUCUCUACAGUGUCUCAGACCACUCGGUGGAGGCUGAUUUCUGGGACCUUAGGAGUAAUAUGCGUUUUGUUGAUGGCUACUUUGGGAAUUUUGUUGAAACUUUCAUUUCUACCAUUUACUGAACUAAGUAUUGAACCAACACUCUCUCCAGGACCCAACAUAGAAUUCCACAAAGGCUCUGACUGCUGUUCUUGCCCAGAGAAGUGGGUUGGGUACCGAUGCAACUGCUACUUCAUUUCCAGUGAACUGAAAACUUGGGAAGAAAGUAGGAAUUUCUGUGUCUCUCAGAAUUCCAGUUUGCUUCAGCUGCAAAACAGAGAUGAACUGGGUUUUAUGCACUCCAGCGAACGCUUUUACUGGAUUGGACUCUCUUACAAUGAAGAACGUGGGGACUGGCUGUGGGAGGACGGCUCUGCUCCUUCCCGGGAUCUAUUUUCAUCACUUGAAACUCCAGGCCCAAAGAAUUGCAUAGUGUAUAAGCCAAUGAAUGACGUUGUGGAUGAACCGUGUGAAAGAGAGAAUCGUUACAUCUGUAAACAACAGCUUAUUUAAGUGAUUCUUGGGACAGAGAGGUGGGGACUACAGAUCCAGGAUUACUAGGCAUAGUAUUUUCACCUCCUAUUAUUACUAUUAAUAAUUGUCUAUUUCUUAGUUCUGUAAAAUAUUUCAAAC